AUGUCUCGCAACCGCCCCCGACCCAGAGACAACGGCUUUGGCAAUAAUGAGGAAUUGGAGCUCUGGACCAAGAUCUGCCAGGAUAUUCGAAAAUCAAAGGAGAAGUUCGAUCAGCAGACUUCAUUGUCCUUGCAGAUUAAAGCUUUGGUGGACAAGAUCGCCCAUGAUGGCAACCCAGAACCGACCAUGGCUGAACACGACCAACUCGAUAGCUGGCUCCGCCUAAGUCAAAAGCUCAGCGAAGAUGAGCGCUCGAUCAUGCAGGACGAACCAUGCGACGUAAUCAAAAACCUAGAACUGCUCACAGCAUUGCGCAAGGCAUCCGAAGCCGAAGCACCUCCCAAUCGGUCCGCAUCGUUCAACAAGUCGCGCAAGAAAAGAAAUGAAGUCGAAGGUUCGGUGACCGACUCCCCCAGUGCCUCGGGGGCUGACAAGUCCGCUCGCUCAAAGGGGACCAUCCCACGCAGCGCCAGCGUCUCAUCAAGCACGCAAGCCCGCGACGGGGGCCGUCAGGAUAACCUCAUGGUCAAGGUCGAGGAAGGGCCGUCGGAAGGGACCAAGGGCACUGUCGCAGAGCGGAAUGGCCAGUUGGUGGUUGGGGCUCAGGUGGUGUUCAAACACAAUAAGAAUAAACAAGGCGUCGAGGGUGAGGGGAUCCAAUGCAUAAUCAAGGCUGUUAGUGGCGACGGACCGAAGAAGCGAUAUGAUGUGCAGGACCCCGAGCCGAAUGAGAAUGGUGAGCAGGGGGCAGUUUACAAAACUACCGCUGCCUCUCUCAUUCCAAUUCCUCAGCUCAGCGCCCACUUGUCCACGUACCCUGCUGGCAAGCAGGUCCUCGCGCGAUACCCGGACACUACCACAUUCUAUCGUGCGGAAGUGAUGGGCGCAAGGAAGGACGUCUAUCGCCUCAAGUUUGAGGGUGAAGAGGACGAUAAAGAGAUGGAGGUUGACCGGCGAUUUGUGCUGGAUAUCCUGGGCAAGUAA